GUUUACCGACUGGAUACACCCAAAAGGUGUAUGUAUAAAAGAGGACUUUCAUCAUUCAUGUCAGUUCAAAGGAACUCAGAACAGUCAAAAUGGUGAAUUAUAAAGUGACUGUUUCCACCUCCGGACCUCUCAAUGGCACAACUAUGAACAACAUCUUUAUUAAGCUGGUGGGCACAGAUGGGGAAAGUGAUCGCACAUGGCUCUGCAACUUCACCGGGCCAUUAGCUUUCAUCGCUGGACAAGCUUCCAGUUUUAACGUCUCCUGUCGUGUCUCUAUUGGAAAGCUGAUUCUGAUAGAGCUCGACAAACAGGGUCUCCCACUGAUCCCUCAAGACAGUUGGUUCCCUGCCAAAGUUAAAGUGGAAUCUCCUGAGGGAGACACUUACAACUUUCCCAUCUACCGCUGGAUCACAGACAGCGAGAUCAAACGCUUCAGAGAAGGAACAGCUCUGAGAGUGUUUGAAGACAGCCAUCAUCUUGGCAGGUACAGUCGGGAGCAGGCGCUGAAACAGCGAGAGAAAGACUAUCGCUGGGAUGUGUAUGCAGAGGGAUUACCCCACAAGAUGAAGGUAGAAGGUCCUCUUUCUCUGCCUUGUGAGGUCCGCUUCUCCUUCACCAAGACCACAGAGUUUGGAUUCACAGCAUUAACUGGGCUGGCUGAGUUGGGACUAAAGGGACUCUCUGAUUCCAAGAAGAACUGGACUAAUUUGGAUGAUCUCAACCGUGUGUUCUGCAACAAGCGGACUCACAUAUCAGAAUAUGUACAGGAACAUUGGAAGGAGGACACUUUCUUUGGCUACCAAUACCUAAAUGGUAUCAACCCCAUGUUGAUCCGACGUUGUACAACACUGCCCGAAAACUUUCCUGUCACUGAUGAGAUGCUCUUCCCUGAUGGUCAGAGUAGUUUGGCAGAUGAAAUGAAGAAUGGCAACAUAUUCCUGUUAGACUACAAACGUUUGGAUGGACUGAAAGCAAAUAUGAUCAAUGGGAAGCAGCAGUACUUGAUGGCUCCCCUUGUCCUGCUCCAGAAAACACCUGAUGAUAAGCUGAUACCGAUUGCCAUUCAGCUGAAGCAGACUCCAGCAGAUGACAACCCCAUCUUCCUUCCUACUGACUCUGAGUACGACUGGCUAACAGCCAAGAUAUUUGUGAGAAGUGCAGAUUUCAGCGAGCAUCAACUAAAUGUUCACCUGCUGCGCACUCAUCUGCUGGCUGAGGUUUUUGCUGUGUCACUGCUGCGCAACGUGCCCAUGGUGCAUCCACUCUACAAGCUCCUCAUACCUCACACUCGCUACACUAUACAGAUCAACUUCUUAGCUCGACUUGCUCUAAUAUCUCCAAGUGGAGUUUUCACAAAGUUUGCAGCAUCUGGUGGCGAGGCGAUGGUCACAAUCCUGAAGAGAUCCUUGUCCUCAAUGACCUACAGCUCCCUCUGCAUGCCGGAAGACAUUGCUGAGCGUGGGAUGGAGGAUGUGCCGAACUACUACUACAGGGAUGACGGACUGAAGCUUUGGGAUAUCAUUCAGAGGUUUGUGGAGGGAGUGCUCAGCUUCUACUACAAGAGUGAUGAGGAGGUCCAGAAAGACUCUGAACUACAGAAGUGGAUUUCUGACAUUUUUGAACAUGGAUUCCUUUCACAAGAAAACACAGGAAUUCCCCAGAGCUUUACCUCUGUGGCUGAGUUGGUCAAGUUUGUCACCAUGGUGAUCUUCACUGGCUCAGGACAGCACUCAGCUGUGAACACUGGACAGUUUGACUAUGGUGGCUGGAUGCCCAACACUCCCAUCUCCCUGCAACUUCCUCCACCAACCACAAAGGGGACAACAAGCGAGGCCACGAUGCUGAACACACUGCCUGACAUUGGUACAUCAGCUCAGGGAAUGGCCACCGUAUGGCUGCUCAGCAAGCCUUCAUCUGACUUCGUCCCUCUCGGCCAGUUCCCAGAGGAGCAUUUCAGUGAGGAGAAUCCUUGGGAGCUGAUAAAGGAUUUUCAAGGAGAGCUUGAAGUGUUGACUACAGUCAUCAGUGUCAGAAACAGGAAGCUGGAGAUCCCAUACACAUACAUGGAUCCAGCGGUGAUAGAAAACAGCGUGGCCAUUUGAAUGUCAGAAGGUGUGAGCUACUCAUCAUCUGCUGACCAGAUUGAGCUUAAUAAUAACGAAAGAGAGAAAGGGAAGAGGCACAUUUUCAGUUUUAAAUGUUUUAACUAUAGUGUGCUGUCAAUCAAAUAAAAAAAAAGAAUUGCAUUUAUCACAAUAAUUAUCUGUGAUUUAUCACGUUUAAUCACAAGUUUAAAAUACUAGUGUUAGUAAAGAAAUGCAAUAAAGAAAUGCAGAACAAGCUGA